CUUUCUUUUUCCCAAAUUUCCCCACCACGACAAGGGUUUUAGAUUCUGCAGCGAAUCGUCUCUGGAAGAGAGAGAGAGAGAGAGAGAGGGAGAGAGAGGUAUGGACUUCAGUUUGGCAGCGUUGAAGCUAUUGUGCGGGCAGCUGAAGCACGCCAAGGGGACAUCAUCACCGUCCGCCAUGACCCUCGGCGGCAUAAUAUUCCAGAGAGCUUGGUUGCAGGGCGUUUUGAUAUCAGGUUGUGAGGAAGGACGUUUCGUUCUAGACGACGGAAGCGGGAUCAUCGAGCUUUUUCUCUCCAAGGACUUCCUUACCCAAGACUGGAAAACUGGAAUGUACGUUAUGGUUGUUGGGCUCUAUGUCGCUCGUACUGGAGACUUGCCCUUGAUUAAGGCUGAAACUCCACAAAACAACGUGAUGGGGACAUCCACGUGUACCAGCGACGCCGACGCAAGAACCAGCCACAUUCACUAUGGCUGGAGGAUGCUUUUAUGGAAGGAAACUAAAGGGAAGAAGAAAGAAAGAAGAAGGAAGAAGGGAGGAAGAAUCGACCAGCCUUGCCCUAUCGCUGGCCUCUUUCUCUCUCUCUCCCAUCACCCAAGAUUGUGUGGGCCCCACUGCUGAUUUGUUAUUUAGUUAGCUUAUUUUCUAGUAUCUUAUUUUUCUAGAUCUUUGAGAUAAGUAGGAAGCCAAAUAAUAUUCCUAUUUGUUUUAGGAAACUUCUUUUGUUGUGAGAUUAUUUUCCUAGUUGGCCUUUUUCCUUUUUUCUUUUAGUAAUUAUCUCCCUACUUAUGUAAGGCCAUUGGCCACGACUUUUUAAUGAAUGAUUAUUGAAAGCAAAAAAAGGCAACGACUUUAUCUCUCUCGAUCUCUCUCUCUCUCGUCUUUCAUUCUCGAUCUUCUCUCUCUUUCUCGCCUCCCCUCUCUCUCACGACUUUCCCUCCCAUUCUCUUUCUCUCUUUCACUGCAUCUAUUCUCUGGUUACUGUCACGUCUACUACAGCUGCUGAAUACUACCGAUUGAAGUCCAUCUCAGUUGCAUAAAGCCCCAUCGGAAUGCUGCUGAACACUCCUUCAACAAACUGGAGUUUUCCCUUCAUCAAAUAAGGUGGGCUGCAUCUCUAUUUGGGAGGACUUCGACCUCUCCUUUUCUCUUCAGAACGGGACAGCGUUAAGGUAAGUAGAUCCUCUCCCCCAUCCCACUUCCUUGACUGUUUACUACCUCCCUGUUGAUCCCACUGAAGACUGAAAUUAUUAAAAUUAACCUCUGUUUCAACCAUUAUCAUUUCCUGCUGUCCUUCAGAAUUAUCCUGAUGUGUUCAAACCUGUUACUGUUGCUCUUGUAUUUUCAUCCUGCUGAACUUACGUACUACUGCUGUUUUCGUAAUCAAUUUUCUGUGAUUAAGAAUGCUGCUGAUUUCUGUAGUAGUUGAUUGAUGUAAGGAAGAGCAUGAUACUUACUCUCUGAAUUCUUGAAUUGAUUUGUGCCUAUCUACAUUAUGUUGCCAUGUUCCCUUCCCCAUAUUCCCCACUUGAAGCCUAGGUAGUUUAUAUGCUUUUCUUUCUAGAUUAGUAUUGAUUGCUGCUACUCUGUUUAAUAGUCCUCUAAUUCGUGCAUGCUAAUUAAUGUAUUGUGUUGUUCUCUAUUAAUCACAUUCCCAUUCUAAGCCCUAGUGAGUCUACCUCUGUCCACGUGGGUAAUAUUUGUAGGAGUCCUAGUUGUCUAGGUAUCCUCCUACAUCAUCUUGGUAUCAGAGCAUGGUUUUGUCUAGAUUUAGGGUGAUUAGGUACUGCUGUCCAUUGUUUACAUGUCCUACCUUUUGAGGUCUAGUCUCCGUCACAAUCUGUCCUAGUCGAGUCUGAGUUAAGAGAGCGUUAUCAUAGAUUAGUGGACACUCUUUUCUUCCUUAAAUUGGCGGGACCAAAUCGCAUUGGACGCUAUUCCCUCCAAAAGCACAUACUUAAGAGGGAGAUUUCUGACCUCAAGAUUGAGAGGGUUAACUACUUGUCUCAAUUGGAGAUUCUGAGUAGACCUUGAGUCUUUGGUGGCAACCGUACCUUGGUUGCCCAUCUCCUUAUGUCCACUCGUAGUGUUAAGAGGAUACCAGAACAUGUCUGACCUUUCUGACACCCCCACCCAACCUGAGCAGUUGGCUGAAUUCAUGAAAGCCAUCCAAGCUACCCUCCAAGCUAGCCAAGCUAUACAGGAGACACAAGCUGCCCAUCUCCAAAACCUUACCGAUAAGUUGGCUGCCCUCGAGACAAGUGCCCAAAACCCUGAUAGACGGCAAGGCCGUAACACAACUGGCAGUGAACCUAGGGACAGAGGCCCUAACCAUGAGGAAGUGAACGAGAGUAACCACACUGAUGGUUAUGACCAGAUAGGGGGGAUAACUUCCAAGGCCAAGGGCGUGGUC